CCUGGCUUUCAAUGUAUAAAUAAUUUAUAUAUAUUUGAAAAUGGAGGGCUUUCAUGAACUUUAUCAUUCACACAAGCUUCAGAAAUUGAGAACAGAAUACCUUAGAAUACCUUGACCCACAAAUAUGAUUUGUAGUGCUGCUGGUAUUCAUUUGAAUGUUUCAACCAUAUACUAAUGAACUGUUCAGAUGUGGACGUGUAGACUUAAAUUCAACACCCUAACUCAAGUGUUGUGCACAGACUCUGUUAUAAAUUAGAGAUAUCAAUGCUCAAAAUAAGCCAUUUUCCCUGCAUAAAACGGUGGGUGGAUUGUGCAGACGCUGAACAAACAAAGAAGACAAUAUUGCAUCUGUUGACUUGACAAUCCCAAAAAGGUGGAACGUCUGAGACAGGGAGGAGUUUCCUUUACCAGCAUGUCCUCAGAAGCAAAGCCCAUGGAAUCUUCCUCCCAGUUGUCCCCUGGAUUCCUGCAAUCACAUGUGUCCCCCAGCUCCCUUCACCUGCCUGUGUGUCAUCGCCGUGACCGCUCUCCUUCCCCCUCUUGGGGCUAUCUGAUCCCCAGCCCCUUACCCACUCGUCGCACCCGCACCAGCUCAGCAGCUGCACGAGCAGCCCAGGGCCCUGUGUUCACCGGUGUCUGUAAGUGCUUCUCACGUUCCAAAGGGCACGGCUUCAUCACGCCAUCUGAUGGUGGCAGCGACAUCUUUGUGCACAUCUCAGAUAUUGAAGGGGAGUAUGUGCCAAUGGAAGGUGACGAAGUCAGUUACAAGGUCUGCUCCAUCCCCCCCAAACAUGAGAAGGUUCAGGCUGUGGAAGUGAACAUCACUCAACUGGCUCCUGGAUUGAAACAUGAGACUUGGUCAGGAACAGUAAUCAGCUCUGAAUGACUUAUGUGAAUGCAGGCCUGGAAACUGUCAGCAUCAGUGUGUAAAAGCCGCUAUAUGUGAGAGUUGUGUUGCUAUGAGCGUAAAAAGAUUUUCUUUGUUAAUUCUUGCCCCCCUUCUUGUCUGGAUGUUUAAAAAUGAUCUGCACAUUUUCUUUUUUUGGCAGUGGCCUUUGCCCCUUUGACAGAAUAUAGAUAUAAAAGUUCAGAGAGUGAAUAUGAUUCAGUUAUUUUCUGAUAUAUUUAAUUUAGCAACAUUUCUCUGGGUUACCUGUUAAGAACCAUUUUUUACUAGUCAUGUGUAUCUGUAAGACUGGCAGAGCAAGACAGACCUGAUUUAGUCAUGGAAAGCAAGGCUACGUUACAAGCCACUAAGAGCUAUACGUGACAAACUAAUUCAUCUUAUGUAGG